AUGCCACAGGAUAUAGAUGAAGAUGAAACUCGAGAGGAAGAAAGCGAAGAAGGUCUGGUGGAUGUCGUGGACGAAGUCGUAGAGCCAAUCAGAGCAGGUAUCCGCGACGAUGAAGAAGAUUUAGUAGUCGAUGUAGAAGUCGAAGGGGUCGAAGAUUUCGUUAUUACUAAUGCGAGGGAAGAGCUCGUCGAAGUGCUUAUCAAUAACAGGGCGGUGGAAGUUCUAGCUGUUGACGUAGAAGACGAAGAAGAGGAUAAAAGGGUAGAGGAUCUCGUUGUAAAUAUUGUGGGGGAAGAGUUGACUGAAGUGGUUCUCGAUGAAGAGGAAAUUGGAAGGGUAGAAACUCUACCUGUUGAUGUAGAGAAUAAAGAGGGGGAUGGGGAGGUAGAUAAUCUAACCGUCGACGUAGAUGAUGAAGUUGUAGAAGUUCUAGUUGUUGAAGUGGCGAGAGGGGACGUCGUUGAAGUAAUUAUCAAUGCAGGAAGGGAGGCAGACGAGGUUGUGGAACCUGAAAAGUUCGAGUUAGUGUUAGCUCAUAAAGGUGGAGGAAAUGCUGUAUUGUAA